CAGAGGCUAGCAAAGGGGGCGGGGCUCCGUCUGUUGUCAUUGGUGUUCCAGCCAAACAAACAUGGCGGCACCCAUGGAGCUGCUGUGCUGGGGAGGCGAUUGGGACUUGCCGUCUGUACACACGGACUCUUUAAUUGUGCUGGCAUAUGCUAAAUUUGCUGGCGCCAAACUUACAGUCAAGUUAGUGGACUGGACAUGGAGGACUGUCACAGCCACCAUUCCACAACUGCACUAUGAGGGAUCUUCAUUAACAGAACCUACACAGAUUCUCAACUUUUUCCGACAAAAUAGAUUCAACGCAGAUUAUGAGCUGUCUGCUAAGCAGGGAGCUGACACCAUGGCCUACAUUGCUCUCCUGGAGGAGAAACUGUGUCCGGCUUUGCUUCAUACGUUCUGGGUGGACGCAGAGAACUACUCCAACCUGACGAGACCUUGGUUUGCUUCCCGCUCUCCAUUCCCUCUCAACUUCUUUGUGCCAGGCCGCCAGGCUAGUCUGGCUCUGUCCAGGAUCCUCCUGACCAAAGCGGAAGCUCCUCUGCAUUCAGUCGCAGAGGUGGAAGGAAAGAUCUACAGUGAAGCCAAGGAGUGUCUGAAUUUGCUCUCUCACAGAUUAGGGUCCUCACACUACUUCUUUGGAAACACGCCUACAAGUCUGGAUGCCUUUGUUUUUGGCUACCUUGCGCCUCUCCAUAAAGCCAGCCUGCCCAGUGCUCAGCUCCAGCAGCACCUAAAACAGCUUCACAAUCUCUGCCAGUUCUGCACUAACAUCCUCAAAAACUACUUUUCCGAGGCCGCCUCUGGCUCUCCUCCAACUAGCCAGGACGCAGUCGAUGCUAACCUCCAGAAACUGACGCAGCUUGUUAACAAAGAGUCCAACCUUAUUGAAAAGAUGGACGAUAAUCUGCGCAGUAGCCCUCAACACAGGCCCAGCCGUCCCCAUAAACCUGAAGCCAAACCUGCAUCUUUGGCCACUGACAGGAACUUGACCCCUGCCUGAAAACCUCACCCACACCACACAGUGGUAUCUGUCUUUACCUAUUUAUUUACGCUCAUAUUAUCCAAGUGGCACUCAAAUGGGCAUUCAGGAGGAGUCAUAAGUGUACUCAGUCACAGUUUAUGCCGAACCAAUGAGAAUGAGGUCGAACAAAUGUGGCUUUGGUCAUUAUUGAAAGCUUUCUCUCAGCUUACUCAGAUUGUCAUUAGUCUCAUAUUGAUCUACAUUAUUUUCAUAAGCUAUAAGAUUGUAUUUAUACAUCAACAGAUAAUAAAAAUGGAUGGUUAGCUAAAUACUAAUCACAGUAAUUGAA